UCUAUCCACAAACAGGGGACAAGGAACAGGGGACAGGCACAGCCGCACAGCCGCCGCCCCUCCAUCCACCUCUCCACACCAUCUGACGCUGCUCCCACCGAGGUCUCCAAGGCUCACUCCUCACCAGCUUCUGCUCUCUCCCUCCUCAUCUCUGCUCUGCUCUGGACCGUUAACUCUCCAGCUCCCCCUCGCUCCGUUCCCUUCCGCCCAAAUCACUGGGACCACCACCGCCUUCUUCAAGAUCGGCGGGCGGGCACCGGCCGGCGAUGACAUCCACCGUCACCACAACCGUUGGGUGCGGGGGGCUCCCCGUCCGCCCGUUGUCGACAGCGACCAGAGGACGCCCACGCAGAUGCGCCGUCCGAGCCCAGGCCGCGGGAGCGGAUGCCUCCAAUGAUAAGUCAGUGGAGGUCAUGCGCAAGUUCUCCGAGCAGUACGCCCGCCGCUCCAACACUUUCUUCUGCGCCGACAAGACAGUCACUGCCGUCGUCAUCAAGGGACUUGCUGAUCACAGGGAUACUCUUGGAGCUCCUCUAUGCCCUUGUAGGCAUUAUGAUGACAAAGCUGCGGAGGUAGCACAAGGAUUUUGGAAUUGCCCAUGCGUCCCCAUGCGUGAGAGGAAGGAAUGCCACUGUAUGCUUUUUCUUACUCCCGAUAAUGACUUUGCUGGGAAGGAUCAGGUUAUCUCCUUCGAGGAGAUCAAAGAGGCGACAUCGAAGUUCUAAGCCCUUGUAUUUGUCACGGAGUGUUUACUUGACAGCUAAUUUUUUAUAUGUAUAUGUACUUAAGUAGCAUCUAUAAGAUAUGCCAUCAGGAAAAUUUUCAUAAAAUGUGCAGUAAACAGCACUUCGCAAGGCUGCCGAUCAUAUAAGCCGCCUUCGGCCUUUUUAUUGUAUCUGGGCUCCAUUUCGUGAAUUAAACCUACGCAAUUCGCCGCUCUUAACUGC